GUCGGGCCGAGUUAGUCGACUAUUGGUAGUCUGUGAGUCUGGAGGUGGGCCGACCACCGCUGAACCGAGCUCCACGCAGCUCGGUCGCGCUCGGUCGGCAGUCGGACCCAGUCGGCCGUUCAACGAUCGUCGUUCUUCGUAUAGUUUGCCGUUAGCUCGUAGUCGCUCUUUUCGACCUCCUUCGAACGCUUUUCUUCUCUCCUCUCUCUCUCUCUCUCUCUCUCUCUCUCUCUCUCUCUCUUUCUUUCUCUAUCUCUCUCUCUCUCUCUCUCUCUCUCUCUCUCUCUCCGUCAGUCGAUCCACGGUCUGCGCAACGCGUACGCCCGACUCCCCUUUCUUUUUCCGAUCGCACACCCGGCGAAAAUCCCCACCGCGCUAUGUGACGGAUAUCACGGGGCACUCGGUGUGUACCCCGCCCGCUAUAUAUUAUUACUCCCUUCCCAUCCUCUUUCUCUAUCUCUCUCACACUAGCUCGCUCGCUCGCUUCCCCUUCACCUCUCUUGUACCCAUCUCUACCGAGGCGGUCGGUCGUGCGAAAAAGAGAGUGACAGAAGGAGAGGAGCGUGGUGUAUGCGUGUGCGUGCGUGCGUUUGUUCUGCGAGUGCGUGUAGUACAUGCUGGUGGUGGUGGUGUGGUAGUGGUAGUGGUGGUGGUAGUAGUAGUAGAGUAGUAGUAGUAGUAGUGGCUGAGACGUGCGCGUGCGAGACAAGAGAGAGAGAGAUAGGUCGAGCGUGAAUGCUCGUAUAAGCGAGCGAGAGCAAGAGAGAGAUAGAUAGAGCACACACACACUCUCGUCUCGUCUCGUUUCGUCUCGUCUCGUUUCUUCUCGUCUCGUCUCGUCCCGUCCCGUCGCGUCUCGUCUCGUCCCGUCUCGUCUCGUCGUCUCGUUUUGUCGUAACCAUCGGUCGUAACUAUCGGUCGUAAGCAACGAACGCACGCACGCACGCACGCACGCACGCAAAUACGCAUUCACGCACGAACUUACGCACGGCCGACAAACGAAGGGGGGGCCACGAGGGCCCCGUUUGAAAUCCUGGAGGCAGCGAAAGAUGGAGUGCCCGCACCUAGCUCAGAGCGUCCGACUCGGUGCUAACGACGUUGAAACGACCUGCACGAAGGAUUUGCCGUUCGUCUGCGCAGUAUGCGGUACCGAGAAAAGUACGUGGCUCUGUUUGCAUUGCGGAGCAGUACAUUGUGGAAGGUAUGUCGCCGGACACGCGUUGCAGCAUCACGAGAAGAAUACUCAGCAUUGCGUGUGCAUCGAUUGUGAAAACCUCUCGGUCUUCUGUUACACGUGCGAUGAAUACGUGAUAAACGACACGACGAGCGGGCAGAUAGAAAAGAUACGUCAAAUAAUCUUUCGGAAGGAUGAACACAAGGAGAAUGAUGAGAGUUGGAGUACAACGCCGGCAACGACGCCGUCGUCUAGACGAGAAAGCAGCGAGGAUAACGACGCCGAUGCACUUUGGAAGGCCGAAGUGGUCGUGAGAAAUUUACGGCCAAGAACGGCAAGGAAAAGGUUGCAUUCGUUAGACGGUACUAGCGGGGACAAUAGGCCAGCGACUAAGCGUAGAAGCUCGAAGAUAACCAAAGAGAAGAAGGUCGUCGGCCUGAGGAAUCUCGGGAACACUUGUUUCAUGAACGUCGUACUCCAAUCGUUCAACAACAUCAGCCACUUUUGCGAAUACCUCACACAAAUGCCGUGCCUCGAGGGCAUAGCUUUCGACCCGUCGGAACCACCAACUCACAGAGGUCGCAUCGUUACACCAGGAAGAGCAAAGGAACUUAUGAGUGAUGCUCUUCUUGCCGAAGAAUUACGAAAGGUUCUUCUUGGUUUGAGCCUCGGUGGUUCCAAUGGUCAAGCCAUCUCCCCGGAGUGUCUCUUCCUCGUCAUAUGGAAAGUCGUGCCACGAUUUAGGGGUUACCAACAACAGGACGCUCAUGAGUUUCUCACCUACAUGCUCGAUAGAUUGCACACAGAAUUGUUACAACUAUUACCUAGGCUUGGACACGAGCCUCUUGGUUUACGUGGAAAGCAGAGCAUCGUUACCGCCGUUUUUGGAGGCACUCUCCUCAGCGUGGUCCACUGCAUGAAUUGCCGCACGGACUCGAAGACGCACGAACCCUUCCAGGAUCUCUCGUUGGAUAUACCGGACAGAUUGCAACGACGUACGAAGGAACAGGAAGAGGUCUGUAGUCUCACCUACAGUCUCACAAGAUUCUUCAAGGUCGAGGAACUGGCCGACAGCGAGUUAUACUUUUGCGAUAAUUGUAUGGGGAAACAACGAUCCACCAAGAGGUUCUGGAUACAUAGGCUGCCUAACGUGUUGUGCCUUCACAUUAAAAGAUUUAGGUGGUGUAAUUCCUAUCGUUCGAAGGUGGACACACAGGUGGACUUUCCGAUGGAAUCUCUCGAUAUGUCGGCGUUCACCGUGCGCGGCGUUACCGGUAUGAAGUUGGGCGCUCAAAACAGUCAUCUUUACGACUUGGCUGCCGUAAUCGUUCAUCAUGGUUCAGGUGCCGGGACAGGACAUUACACCGCUUUUGCCGUGCACGACGGUCAGUGGUUCCACUUCAACGACAGUUCGGUGCGUCCAGCGAGCACCGACGCUGUCGCAAAGUGCAAGCCUUACAUUUUGUUUUACGUACGAAAGGAGUUCUCCAUUCCGCCACCGUUGUGACAUAAUUUAACCGAGAAAUCUCGUAACGGUGACAAGAGUCUCGACGAAGAAACGCGAACGCACGAGCAACGAACGGAUGUGCUCGACGACGAGGAGGCCCGUGAUCGAUGAACACCUGGGCGAUCGAACGUCGACGAAAAUUAACCGAGAAGUCCGAAAUGGAGUAUCAGCUCUAAAAAGGAAAACGGAGACGUCCUUAUUCACCCGAAUCUUACGAAUUUAUUCGAGCUUUAACACGGAAAAAAAAGCAUCUCUCGGUCACGUAUCUCGUCGUCUUGGUCUAUCUCCUUUCGACGAACCAUAAAUUAUUAAAGCAAUGUGAAAACUCGCAAAUAGAAACUCGUCGGUCGUCGUAUUCUCGUCAUUAAGAGUGAUGAAACGCGUACAACGAGUUAGAUGAUUAAAAUUGGAAGUUUCCUCGUCGUGUAGGUUGUCGUCGUGACGUUGUUAUUAGCGCGUGCGAACGGCCACACCCGUACGAGAACUAAUUAGCACGGCGUGCGGACGCAUCGUUUCGACGACGCGAGAGUUCGUACGCGUUAAAGCCAAAAUAUAAGAUAGCCGCUAUUUCCAAGUUAUCGUGCCAGGUUUUACUGUACUCUAUCCUUCUUCUAUAUCUCCAAUCUAUCGUGCAUUUGAGCUCGCCACAGGAAAAACAAGGAGAGAGGGAGAGAAAGAAAGAAAAAGUUUCGUUGUUCUCGAAACUAUGUAAAUUCUACGUAAUAUCAUAGUCGCUCAAAUAUAUCGCGUAUGUACGUACACGAACGCAUAGCACGGCGAUCGAUAUGCCUGCGCCUGCGGUGGAUGAUGCGCAACCCUCCCCUAAAAAAAAAAAAAAAAAAAAAAAGGAGGAGAGAGAGAGAGAGAGAGAGAGAGGAAAAUAAAAGAAAACGACAGAUGGAAGAAGUUGAAUAUGAGGAAGGAAAAAAAUAUUAACGAUAGAACGCGUGCAUUUCAGAAGCAUAAGAAAUCCGUACCUGUGUAAUAUAUGUAUAAUCCUAUGAUGUAACAUCGUUUUACGGCUAACGUUCAUUGUUCAUCCGACGAGUACGAAUUUGCGAUCGAUCGAAACGUAAUUGUAACGUUACGAGCGGCCAAGGAAGCCUCCCCUUUCCUUUCUCAGGGACGUCGAAGGAAGAAAAACUCAAGACGGAUCAGCGGGAUCGCAUUCCCUUUAGCGUCGAUUUUCUUACUUUAUGCCAGGGAUCUUUGCGGUCGUCGACCGUCGUCUUGGGUUGGAUCUAUUCGAUCGAAUCCGAUUGUCGAGAUCUAGUUGUUUGCACGUUUGCGAUUAUUCUCGCCGAUCUAUCGAGAUCGACGGUUCUCGAUGGAUAGAUAAAAAUCUCUUUUACAGACAUUAGAGCUGUUAUUUAUAUGUAAGAGAUUUUUUCAAUGCAUAAAUAGGGCCAGCCAUUUAAUCGGCUGUCGAAUAAAAACGGCAUGUUAUUCGAAAUUUUUCUUAACCGAUGCGAAUUUUCUAUUCAGCCAUAUAAAAAUAUACGUAUAGACAGAUACACGCGCGCGCGCGAGAGACGCAUUUACACUUACGCAUUCGAAACACCUUGUACGAAUGUUUCCUAACUUUUUUCCUUAUACCUACCUUUCUAUUCCUUGCGCUUUUUCUUCUGUCCCUUCGCUCCCUUCCGCCGACCCUGUCCACUCUAUUAUCCCUCUCUAUUUUCCAAUCCACUCAACCUCAUCCCUUAAAAGGCUCGACGACUCUUAUGUGAUUAUUUAAAGACUUAUUUUUUCUAUAACGAUAACGAUAAUAACGAUAAUAAGUUAAAAGCGUAGCGAAGAAACGUUUUAUUAAGGCGAUAACUCGAUAAUGCGCAUUCUUCGGGAAAGACUCUCACGUAUGAAACAUGGGUUGGAAGAAAUCAAGCGUGUAAACAAUAUUAUUGAGAACAAAUGAGACAUGUACGAACGACGAAUAAAUAAAAAAAAAAAAAAAAAA